AUCAAAGAUUAUUAUCAGUGUAAGUGUGUGUGCGCAUACCUAUGAAUGUUGAUCGCGACCGAGGUUUGCCAGUAAAUGAGAUUUUUUGAUAGUUUUGGAUAAUCCGAAAUUGUUUCAUUCCUAAUUCGUGAACUAAGGAUACUUUCUGCACCUGUAAUGAGACGUGAUAAAUGAACUCGUAGUCUCGGAUUCGCGUUUAUCUUUCCGUGGUUUUGGUCCUAACCAAGCAUCGUGCGUCUUAUGAUCUGAAGAAAAGCUUUAAUUUUGGCAUAUUAUUUCAAUAUCCCCACCGACAACCGAACUACGAAUGGCCAGUCUCAGAUCAUCGAACUUUAAGAUCGUAAUAACAAUGACCAUUUAAGUCUUGAUUGCGGAUUUAUUUCAUCCGUACUUGUGUCUGAUAUCUUGCAAGCCAUUGUCUCUGUCAGAUGAUGAGUUUCGACAAGAAAAAUCAUAACAUUAAUUUGUUAACGAAACUCAGGAAUCGUGAGAUUUCUGGCCUAUUCAAACGUAAUGCAAAAAAUUUACGUGAACCAGCUAAAUAUUUAUUCAAUGGAAUUCCUGACCGAUUAAUGUUCCAUCUAAAGAAUGUUUUACAUCUUGGGAAUCAAAUUUUGAUGGGUACUACACAGUGUGGCCAGUUCCUCAUUACAUAUUCAUUCUCCAAUGGGAAUCCAUUACAACACUCCGCAGACUUUGGCUUCCCACCUUACAAAUACAAGCUGCAUUGGUGGGCGUUCCGUCCCUUUGCUGCUGCUGUGAAAGUUGGGGAAGUCCAGCUUUUUGGCGAUUUUGAAAUCCGUGAUAUUUUGUCCAUAAGCAUAGCUCAGUGGCCAUCCAUUCCUAAUAAAAUAGUGGCCUGUGGAUACUACAACUCUGAUACGCCAGUACCGGAAGAAGAUAGGAAAGCCUUCAUUACUAUUACCACUUUACCUGCCUUGCAUAGUUGUUACCAGUGUAAGCUCAUUGCAGCCUCAUUUGAUGCGGAAGACUUUGCUGCCAAUUGGGACAGUUGUAUCAGUAUGCGAUGUGUAAAACAUGGUCUAACAGUUCACACAUCAUUUAAUCUAUCAAAUCCAAAUCCCACACUUGAUCUUUCCAUAAGUCUGAAAGCUGCAAAUCGAAUAGUUUUCAAUACCGGAGUUUUCCUCCAUGUGUUGUCUGUGGACCUCGAUGAUCCCUCAACUGUUCCACCCUCUCAAUCAUUGGAGCAAGACAGCAUAGUCAACUCUCCAAUUGAACAUAAGUUAGGAGCCAACCUUGAGAAGCAUGGCUAUAAUUAUGUUCGCCCAUUCAGGUAUGGAAUAUCAACCAAUAAUGGAAAUCUACCAUGUGAUGAAAAUGAUGAAAAUAAGCUCUCUGCCAAUUAUCUUCAACUUAAAUCGCCAGUGCCAAAAGAACUUGUUUGCCAGUCACCAGGAGAUGUAACUAGCUCUCAGAUGUGGUGCGCUAAGAUGCCUAAACUUGCAAUGAAACCUGUUCCUAACAAAACUAAAGUGUGGAGACGCACUAUUUUAGAUCAAGCUGAAAAAGUGUAUGCAUUUGAAGAGUCAGAUGAUGGGUGCAAUAUCAAAUUCAAGUGGUUCCGCCGACGUCGCUUAGCAGACAAAAUGUACGAAUUUCACACAGAUGAUGAUGUGAUGGAUACAGAAAAUGUCCAUCCAAUAGCUAAAAAAUCGGCAUGCCACCUAUCAAACGAGAGAAACAGAGUCAAAUCGGAUUCAUUUGUCGAUGAGCUUUUUCAGUCUGAUAACGACCACUCUCCCUCAGAAAAUGAGUCCGACUUUGUUCUCUCAAGGGUCAAGUGCAGAAAUUUUCAAACAAAAAACGCCUCAAGCUGCGACUCGCUACUCAUGAAGACUGACUCCCCAAACUUAACUAGUGCUGAAACUAACAUGGCUGUGCUCUCUAAUGCUCAAACUAACGAAUUGUAUAGUGAAGGUAGUGAUAAACCCAGAUCUCCUUGCGAAGAAACGAGCAGUGGGCUUUCAAAGAGUGCCAAUACCCCGCGAAAAAUAUUGCAAGGUUGUUUCUCAGAGCUUUCAAUCAAAACAGACUUCUUGCCAGAGGCAGAUGCAGCAGAUGUAAAUUCAAUCAUUGCCGAUUGGGAGUCACUGGACACCCUGUCACCUCGCUCUGAAGUCUCAGACAAAUACGUUCCGAGUUGUGAGUCACGAUGUGAUGCGAUCCGAUCAUUCCUUGAAAACAUCCCUGGCACUGUAACGCCUCAACAGUCAGGAUUUUCCAACUAUAGCAUCAACAGUCGAAACUCUUCAAAACUGAACUUGGUCAAAAAUGUUUCUAAUCAUAAGUGCUAUCCACCAAGCUAUGCAAAUCCUCAAUCAAACCUAGAUAGUUCCGUAAGAUUAGGCUGUGAUAAGGGGACUGACCUGGACAGUGAUACAGGAAAGGUUCAGUCUUCAAUGCGUGUUGUUCUUCGGCCGCAGAAUCAAAAUUUGAACAAGUGGGAUGAAACUCGAGGUCUGAGCGAUGACGCUAAAAAGCCAAAGUGUUCUUUUGACAAGAAUAAAUCAGCAAAGAUCAGUGAAGGUAAGACUGACCGUAUUUUUGGACGUCAGUUAAUCCCUGAAAGCUCCGUCAAAUUUGACCGGAAGUUCACAGAAGUAGACGAAGAAAUAAUUUCAACGAUAACUGAUAUUGAAGAUGAUGAGCAAGGAACAAUCGGUGACUGUGCUUUGGCUGUUUCAGUCCAUGGGUCUGGCUAUACGCAGAUGGAAAUGAUUUCAAAUCAAAAAGCCGGCAAAUUAAACAUUCCUGUUUGCACUGUGCGCCAAGUGAGCUGCGACAUCGAACAAUUUUGCUCAAGAGUAGCAGACAUCAUUUGCAAAUGCGAGGGAUUCAAGUUUUGGUUCUGCAAUGAUUACGAUGUUGAAAUUGUGGAUGUCUGCCCACUAAAUGGUGAUAUUCUACUCGUUUUAUGUAUGUGGCUUAAUGCUGAGUUGAUGAACGACACAGAACCUCGAGCUUCUAUGUAUAAACGGCGGAAAACAAUGGAUACCAAGGACCCAAGAUUAUUUUUUGAAGUCAAAUGCCUCUUCACAUGGAGUUCUGAAACAGGAGAAUGUUGGCUUGAAGGUUAUAGUCCUUUGAAUGAUGUCAAGCAGUCUCCUAGUCCACCUAAGUCAUGGAGACCAGCUCAUCAAGAGGCAAAGAUUCUAAGAGGACUUUCACCUACUAUACUAGAUUUUUACAUCCUGCCCCAACCUACUCCAGUCAGACUGUUCACACAUUGCCUUUGGGAUGAACAUGGCCAAGCUUUCUCUGUUGAAGAAAUUAGGGAUGUAUCUAACCUUGUUGGGUUCAUGCUACAACCUCGCUCUUCAGAUGAUUGGAAUAGUGAAGACAACUUUUCAAGUGAUGACUCCAGCAUCUCUGAAGACGAAGCCCUUGCCCUCAGUAUAUCAGACAAUUAACCAAGUUUAAAUUAAUUUCUUUGGCAAUUUUUUCCAAGUGUGAGUUACGUUAAACGUUGCAUUGUUGUUUCCUUUUAUAUUUGUGUAUGUGAACUUCCUUCAAAUGUUUGUAAGUAGUUCUUUUGCUGGUUGAUAUGCAUUUUCUUAUUUGAUUGAUCUAUGAGACAGUUAAAUUUGCAUCUUGAAGUAAGUUUUCUCUAUUACUUACCACAGAAAUCUAAACUUUGAAGGUCUGAAGCCUCUUAAUAUGUUUUAAAGCAGUCAUUUUUCAGUAUCUUUACUCUACAGAUGAGAUACAUCAGAAAUGGGUUGAAAAUCCGUUGUUGUUCAUGCUUAGAAUGAUUUUUAGCCGAAACUAUUGUUCAUUUACGUGUUGCAAAAGCAAACCAAAAUACAAUGAAACUUCUUCAAGAAUUUUUAAGAGAAGUAAAUACCUAAUGAGUAUCUCUCAUUUGAUGAGUUUAGAAGAAAAACAUCACAAUAAAAUUAAUAAAAAAAUGUAUCUUUGAGCCAUCAGAAAAAGUCCUCUCCAUUCAAUGCUCCUGCAAUAUUCAGUUCAAUAAACCCCCGUACUACAGUAUUUGACCGUGGUUGUGAUGCGUUGACUCUUACGAUACUUGAGCAAUUUGUUAUAAAUUUUAUCAUAACAUUUGUGAAAUAGAUUCAAAAUCUCUAGUAUAAUAUCUCCUUCCAAUCAGAGGUAUAGCUUCUCUAAUUAUCUUUGCAGGUCUUUAAAGAUUUACUGCUUAUAUGAGUCAACUGUUUAAAUAAUGUUUAUAUCGAAACAUUCAAUCUGUGCUGUUUUUUUACUUUGGGCUUACUAUUAAUUAAGAUCUAUUGAACCAUUUAUCAGAGAUACAUUAUUCAACAUCUAAAUUUUAGUAUGCAUCAAGUUCUAAUUAUCUAUUGAAGUGUAUUUUCCGAAGGCAAAUACUCAACUAUAAUCACCUUUUUAUGAGAUCCAACUGGGAGUUACCAUUAAAAUAAUAUCAACUUAGUGGGUUAAAUUACAAAUUUAAUAAAAUUUUAGAUUCUUCUUCUCACUAUCCAAAUAUCUAAAUAUUUCAUCUUAUUGUCAAUGUCUUAUUGUCAGUUUUGAGGACUUAAAUCUCAAGUGUCUAUGCAGAUUUUUGGACCUAAUUUUUUGUGGUAUUCUGUGUACCACAUGACCUGUCAGUCAUUAAAAAAGACCCAAUAAGCUGAACAUUUUGAGGCAUCAUAAUCCCUGCCUACCUGAGUACAGCUCGUUAAUCCUUCAUCCUUAAAGCAAAUCUAACUUUUCAGAGCUAAAUUAAUUUUUCAUAUGAACUUACUUUUCACAAGCAUCAUCAAUAUGAUUUCAUUUGUUCUUCUUCCCAUUUGUAAGCAAUCAGCUUCUAAAAAUUUGAAAGAGCUCCAAUUCGCUCUCAAGUUUUUCCCUUUAUCGAAGUUCUCACUCUUAACAAGUAGUGUUCAAGUAGGAAAGAACUUUUUCCUAACAUAAACCACCGGCUCUAUCCUUGACUUCAGUUUGAAACAUUUGCAAUCAUAUUUGCAGAGGUUAUUGUCGUUGGUUCUUAUGUAAGAUCAACUGUUUUAUUCCUUCUUUUUUUACUUUUAUUAAUAUUUACUGUAGUUUGCUCAGAAUCUGAACUGCUUAGUGUUAAUCGACAUUUCUAUCAUUUAGUAAGUGGUAAUUAGUCCCCCUCUUAUUCAAAAGCUAAGAAAAAAACCGGUUUUCAACUUACUCAAGAAAGUUGCUUUUUAUGCCAAUUGUCGUAUCCAUCAGUGCAGUCCUUUAAUUUUACAUACAAAUCUUUGAUAAAACUCCCUAACACUGUAUAUCGGUUUGCAAUAUCGGCGACUUCCCGUCAUACUAUAUUUUUCAAAUGGAAAACUACUUAACAUCUAUUGGUAAAAACUCCCGCACUUUUUCUUCUGUGUGCGAAGAAAAUUCUGUAAAAGCUUUAAGGAAUGAUGUUACUUGUCGGCCACCUAUGGUGUAGUGGUUGUAGCGCUGGCUCUAUGACCAAGAGGUCCCGGGGUUGAUUCCCAGCCAGGCAACCCGAGUUCAGUGGUCUCAAACAAUGGUUGCCUGGGACUGGUUGUAGGGACAGAGGAGGGGUUGGGAAUAAAAGCGCAAGGAUUAGCCAGUGUGGGUUAUUUGAAGUAGGAAAAAAAAUGAAAAAACUUUGUUCUACUUCAAAAAAAGUAAAUGGAAUCUGAGACUUCAAAUCACAGCAAAGAAGAUACGUGUUUUGGGCGUUUCACCGCUGAUAUGCAACUGAUGAGAUUGUAGUGUUUUAUUUUCUUGAAAACCAACCGGCCUAUCAUUUAGAAUGCUCUGUCAAUGUAUCACUAUGCCCCUGCAGUUCUCAUAAGAUAUAAUCAUUAUUAUCAUUUUUUCGUAUUAAAUUUUAUUCUCUGUAAAAGUAUGUCUCAGGGAUUACUGAAAUUUCUUGUGGGGUAAAACUCACCGCAAUAUUAGCGAAAAAAGUAUCUUACUUCUGAAUCAUUGCUAAAUAAAUUUACAUUCCCUCAGAGUGCGAUAGGACAUUAGCUUCUGUCAUAGUCUGAAGGUGCAUAAACUUAUUUGGCGUGGACUCUAAAAACCUCUACAUCUUGAGAAAAGCUCCAUAUCCUAUCCUGUUUUUUAUUUUUUCAACAUAAGCGAUGAGCACAAGGGAUCUCAAACAAUUUCUCUAAAUCUGUUUGAUUUUGAGAGCAAAAAUGUAUUGAUAGGAACUUUUGCAUUUUUUUUAAAAGCGUUUAAAGGAAAAAUACUUUCUAACAAUGUUUCUUCAAGAUAGUCUCUGAUCACAAAUGAGCCUUAAUAGGUAUAACCCAGCAAAAAAUUAAGAUCAUCAAUGUUUCCUGAAAAUGCUCGUAAUGACGUAUAAUUUAAAAAAGUUCAGAAGUAUUCUAAAGCAAUAGAUUUUACCUAUUUAUUUUGUUGGUAGUGAGGAAAUCUUACUAAACAUUUCUUUUUAUUUUUUACUCUGGUGCGAGAGUGAACGUAAUACUCUCAAGGUUUUGAUUUCACAACGCAACAGUGUUUCUGUUCUGUGCCCUUAUUUUUUUUUGUAAAUAUUUAUUUGCAUUCGACUAAAUAUUAAGUUGUGCGUCUCUGCUGCUGCUUUCUUGUGUACUCUCGUUUUGUGUAUGUCAAGUGGACUUGUAAUUUUGUCUUGCAAAUGUAAAUGGCUGUCUUUGACACCAUUUUUGUGUUUAUGUUCUGUUUCCUUCAAGACAUUGUCAAACUUUUGAUUGAUUCCCCAAUAUUUUUAUACUGAGCUAUUUGUGCGCCACCAUUAAUUGGUUAAUCUGUGAUUUUUAAAGUAUUCCCCAAAAUUGUUAUUUUUUGCGUGUAUUUUUGAGGAAUAAUAAUUUCAAAUAAAAUUGUAAUCAAGACCUUGUAAAAA